UCUUCUUUGACGACCCACGUUUCUUCCAACGGAAAACUUCGUAACGACCCCAAGUACUGCAUACAGAACACCAUGCGUUACUCUGCGCUUGCCUCUGCCAUCCUACUGGCGGCGACGACAGCUCCCGCACUUGCUCGCCCAGUCACCAUUCGCUCGACUGAGGAUGCCUCGCUAUUCCAGCGGGAGUUUCAAGACGAACUCGUGGAGCGCGGCUACUACUACGACGACCUUGUCGCUCGGAGCCGGGGGAGCCCCCUCCCCCGCCCCCUCCGCCAAACACGCCGGCGGGAUCCCCAAAGCCGAAACCGAAGCCUCUGCCUCUGCCGAAGAAGAUGCGGGCGGGGAACUGGCAUCGGGGCCGGAGCGACUAUGAGUGGUCCGCCCGAGAGUACGACUUGGACGGCGAGCUGUUCGAGCGCGGCUACUACGACGACCUUGUCGCUCGGAGCCGUGGGAGUCCCCUCCGCCCCCUCCGCCUCCGCCAAACACGCCGGCGGGAUCCCCGAAGCCGAAACCGAACCCUCUGCCGAAGCCGAAGAGAUGCGGGCGGGGAACUGGCAUCGGGGCCGGAGCGACUAUGAGUGGUCCGCCCGAGAGUACGACUUGGACGGCGAGCUGUUCGAGCGCGGCUACUACGACGACCUUGUCGCUCGGAGCCGUGGGAGUCCCCUCCGCCCCCUCCGCCUCCGCCAAACACGCCGGCGGGAUCCCCGAAGCCGAAACCGAACCCUCUGCCGAAGCCGAAGAAGAUGCGGGCGGGGAACUGGCAUCGGGGCCGGAGCGACUAUGAGUGGUCCGCCCGAGAGGACGACUUGGACGGCGAGCUGUUCGAGCGCGGCUUGGAGAUAGAUGAGCUCGACUGAGCGGAUGUAGCGCGAUGGGCAGCCGUUACGUUGUAUUCCUAAACUGUUGUACGCAUCGUGAC